AUGAAAGGCAUGAUGCGCUUCGGUAAAAAGGGGAAGCUCACGCCUCGGUACAUUGGCCCAUUCGAAAUAUUGGAAAGAAUAGGAGAAGUAAUUUACUGCCUCGCACUACCUCCACAGUUAGCUAAUGUUCACAGUGUCUUUCAUGUGUCCAUGUUGAAGAAGUACGAACCGGACCCGACUAACAUCAUCAACUGGGAACAAAUACAGUUACGAGACAACGCCACUUACUCAGAAGAACUGGUGCAGAUCCUCGACCGCAAGGAACAAAUCCUUCGAACAAAAACCAUCCCACUAGUCAAGAUUUUAUGGUCACACCACAAUGUAGAAGAAGCAACAUGGGAACGAGAAGAUGAAAUUAGGGAAAGACACCCCGAGCUCUUCUGCGAAGAAUAA